AUGUCUAUCUACCCCGACGACACCAGUGACGGCUCGCUCACCCAGGAGUUGACGCCUUGGUCAUCCAUCCUGUCAUCGUUGGGCUCACAAAGCUUCUCUAGUCAGGAGAGCAAGGCGGAAGAAGUAUCUCAGCCCGAGUCUUCAACUCCAACGCCGCUCUUAGAUGUCGCAGCCAUGAUGGAUACUGCGGUUCCGACGGGUAUCAACAUGCCCAGGCCAGACUUACGAGAGACGUCUGAGGAUACUGAAGAGUUCGCGGACCGUUUGGACCUCCCGCCGCCAGUUGUAUUCCCCAUUCCCGGGCUCGGAGCGUAUGGAAAUGCCGAUGCCUGUGACGCAAGACCUCCGGAAGAACGCAGAAUCAAGGCAUCAGAACUGAUAGAUAGUCUUCGAAAAGACCGGCACCUUCCGUAUCUCAUCAAGGAAGGACAAGAAGACGACUUCUGCAAGAUAUACGACAUGCAAACAAUGUUGAACGACCAAGGCCACGAAAUUGAUGCUUGCAUGUUUAUCGCCAGGUACUGGUUGGAGGAUUGCUGGAAUAAUCAUAUUGAACACCACGCCUCUGCAAAGGAUCUGGAAUCCAUAUUUCCACGCCGCCUCAUUGAUCUUGGGGAACCCUCUCAUCCAAAUGAAUUAUUCAAUGGACCAGCUUUGCCACGAGAGAUAAAGGUGGUAGAAGUUGGGCGCGAACAAAAGCCUCAGUACAUUGCUGUCAGCUACCGGUGGCCGAAGAAGCCUAACCAAGACCAGCAAUUAACUUCAGCCACGCGUGACCUUUUUUUCAGGGGCUACUCAACUGAAGCUCUUCCACAGCUCUACUGCGAUGCUUUCACAGUGGCUAGGAUGUUGGGUUUCAGGCAAUCUAACGUUUCCAAGUGCAUCAUGCAGGAUAAUGGAGGCGACUGGCAUGCGGAGGCUCCCAAGAUGGCAUCAGUUUAUGGUAACGCUAUCUUCACCGUCGCCUUCGGGGAUGGUCCUGAGUCGAAACACUCCGAGGAGGCCGAGAUUUGGCGCAGCUGUUCACUUCGCGAUGCCGCCGCCCAAGCAGCAGCCCAGCCCUUUGUCAAGGGGGGUAAAAUCCCGAUUUUCGACAAGAGAAGCCCAGAGUCGAUCUACUACUGGCUUGAAUCCAACGGUAACUUUCCAACCAGACCGACCAGUGAGCUCGAUGAACGCGGGUGGACAUUCCAAGAAAGACUUCUAUCAAAGCGAGUUCUGACCAUUACCACGGACGGCCUCUUCUGGGAUUGUUGUCGAUCAAGCGCAUCAGACGCACGCCCCCUAGGAUUUAGAGGCGACUUUUCGCCCAAAUUCCGAGAUUCAGACGAGAGAAAGAUCAAGACACAACUGCUGGGUAUGAGCCGGGACCCCAUUACAGUUGCUCGCCGCGACUUGUACCUCCUUUGGAGACGGAUUCUGCAAGACUAUACCCAAAGAAAAUUCUCAUAUUCUAAAGAUCGUAUUGUUGCUAUUGAGGGCGUGGUUCAGCGGAUAGGAGCUGUCUUGAACGAGCCAUGGUUUCUGGGAGUCUGGAAGGGCGACUCCUUACGAUCACUUAUCUGGUUCUGCGACACAGUGGUAUUGAGCGCCAAACCAGCCAGCAACGCAUUGGACGUCCUACCAGCCAGGAAGGACUACCAAGUAUCUGUGCCUUCGUGGUCCUGGGCUUCAGUCUCAUUUCCAAUCCAGUAUCGGCUCUGGCACCCCUUUGAGACGUCUGCCGACCACAACGUGGAGUUGACGUCACCCUGUGCAACUCUGCUGCAUAUAUCCGCCCAACCAAUCGACAUAAGAUCCUUUGCCAAUUAUGUUGGGGUCGUAACCCUCCAUGGAACUCUUGCAAGGGUACCAGCGCAUUUACUGACCGGACCAGGCUGCAAAGUGAUGCUGGAUCCGCGUCCGCCUCAGGACUUCCCUGGCUAUUCCAAAUACAAACAAGACGAACUCGAUGCCAAGGCCAACUCCAAACAUAAAAGAAAGAAAGAUCCCCCUGCUUGGCGCACUCUCCUGGCCUGGGAAAGGGAUGAGAUCCAUGUCCUGCCUGUGCUAAAGGGCGGCUACUCAAAGACUCUGCAAGCUCGGUAUUGCCUUAUCCUUGACCCUCGAUCAACCGCCGAGUACCACAUCGAACGCGAGAAUCAAUGCGGAAUUCUAACACCGAGGACUACAUAUGAGAAUCGAUGCACAAGUUUGAUGUUGAUGACUACGUGCCGACGGCUUGGACUCCUAAUUCUAGACUCAGCUUACAAGUCGUUCUGCAUGGAGGACCGAGAUUGUAUAGGCAACGUCGAUGCCUAG